AUGGUGACAGUGGCUUCGCACGCGCUGUCCAGGGAGGCGGCGCAGACAGCUCCUGCCCUGUGCCGGCUACUCCUGGAUUUGGUCCGCGGCGGGUUCCAGCCGCGCCUUCCGACUUCGCUGCCGCCCCCAGGGCAGCAGCAGCAGCAGCCGUCGCCGCUACCACGCCGACAGCCCAUCCCGUUGAUGCCUCCCGCGCAGCUUCAUGCGGGAGCGCCCCGGGUGGUCUCUCCGGCGCCUGCGGUCCCUCUUCAGUCGCCACCACCUUCGGAGCUGAUGGACGUCGACCCCUCAGCCGGGCCGCCUUCCCAAGCGGUGGCUGUGCAGCCUGUACUGCAGAAGCUUUCCUUGGGCACCCCCAUGGAGUCUGACACCGCAGCGCCUUGUCUGGCGCCCACUCCGCAGCCGUCGACGCAGCGUCAGGAGACGCUGCCUCUCUUCGUGGGUCCAGACGCCCCGUCGCGUCCAGUACCAGAAGCUGCGCCCGUGGUCACAGGCGUGCACCCUGACCUAGGUUUUCAGUCGGUGUUUCCCGAGGCCCCGCGCAGCCAAUGCUGGGGUGCGGACCGGGGACUACCACCGACAACAGUCUCCGCCCUGCGGCCAGACCCCUCCCCCGCCGUCGACGCUCGCCACGUCAUUAUUCAACGACGGUGA